AUGCAGCGGGUCUCUCCUGUGCAGCCGUGCGGGCAUCACUCGCUGUUCGACCGAAGCCCGUCACGAAGUGACGCUAGGCCUCGCAGAUCAUUGCAGCUGCAACGCUGGGAUCCCGUUUGGUGCAUUCCGGCCUGGCAGUGGAGACUGUCGGCAAGCCUGCUGGCACUUGGCAGCUUCAACAAACUUGCUGCUUGUCGACCCAAUUUUCGGGCUGCUCGGCGGGCAACCGCGGAGAAGGCCUUUGAUGUGGCUGAGCGGUUUGUUUCCCGCUUCAAUGACUACUUUGUGCUCUGGCUGGUUCUCGUGACUCUGGUUUCUGUGGCACGCCCAGAGACUUUCACUUGGGUGAACCAGGAAUGGUUCACAUGGCUUCUGGGCCUCUUAAUGUUCAGCGUGGGCUUGACCACAUCAGUGGAUGAUUUUCGCUCGAGCAUCAGAAACUGGCCAGCCGUGGUCAUCAAUGCAGCCGCCUGCUUCUUGCUCAUGCCGGCGCUGGCAUACACUUUGGCCGCCUUGAUCAGUGCCGAUGCGCCAACCCUGGCUGGCUUGGUGCUGAUCGGGUCGAUCAACGGUGGCCACACCUCAAACCUGUGCACACUGAUAGCGAAAGGGGACGUGGCCCUCAGUGUCUUGAUGACUAUGUCCACUACCUUGCUCUGCAUCGUGGCGACGCCGCUGCUGGCCAAGUUACUGCUGGGCACAGUUGUCUCCGUGGAUGCGGUGGGGAUCAUCCUGUCCACUGUAAAGGUGGUGCUGGCUCCCACAGUCCUUGGCCUCGCCUUCAAACAGUGGCUUCCAAGCACCUCAGAGAGGGCGGCAAAGCUUACUCCCGUGCUGGGGGUCUUUGCGACCUGCAUCAUCGUGGGCUCCUCCGUGGCUUCCUGCCGACCCUACAUCCUGUCAGCAGGCGCACCGCUGCAGCUGGCAAUCCUGGGCCUUCAUCUUCUAGGAGGUCCCCUGGAUGCCCCUGGUUGGAUCUGCACGAUCACGUGA